AUGUCAUCCAAAUCCAUUUUGGAUUUAAGUAAAUUCAUUAAUAAAGAGAUUAGAGUAAAGAUAUGUGGUGGUAGAGAUGUCACUGGUAUUCUGCGUGGCUAUGAUGGUGUGACAAACAUUGUACUUGAUGAUACAAAAGAAUUUCUAUUAGACCCUGAAGACUUGACAAAUACUACUUCUGAACAAAGAGACUUGGGACUUUUAGUAGUUCGUGGAACCUCAAUCCUAAUGAUUGCUCCUUUAGAUGGGAGUGAGUACAUUGAAAAUCCAUUUGUAAACAAUACUUAG